CCACUGAUAUGUCAGAGUUCUGUGCACACUUUGCUCCCAAGUUCAUUUGUUACUGACAUUCUGCUUAGAAACUUGAACAGAACUCAGAUCCGCCGCGCAAAAUAAUGUACAAUCGCCUCAGCUCUCAAGAUGUCACCAGAUGAAACUAAUGUCUCCAAAACCAAGCGCGCAGAAGACCAAAGCGGACGCAUGGAUGCGUGUGUUGAGCGCGCGCAGGAGUGUCCUACCCGCCUGUACAGGAGACGAUGGCUGAUAGUUCUGCUCUUCAGCUCGUAUUCUCUGUGCAAUGCAUAUCAGUGGAUCCAGUACGGAAUCAUCAACAACAUCUUCAUGCAAUUUUACAGCGUGAGCGCGUUCGCUGUAGACUGGAUGUCCAUGGUCUACAUGCUCACUUACAUACCAUUUGUCUUCCCCGUAACGUGGCUUUUGGACAGGAAAGGGCUGCGAGUUGUCGCGCUCGUAGGCGCCGGGGUUAACUGCGCUGGCGCGUGGAUUAAAGUCGCGAGCGCCAAGCCGCACCUGUUCUGGCUGAGUGCGCUCGGGCAGGUCGCGUGCUCCGUCGCGCAGGUGUUCAUCCUCGGCAUGCCGUCUCACAUCGCCGCCGUGUGGUUCGGCCCGGAGGAAGUGUCCACCGCCUGCUCCAUCGGCGUCUUCGGCAACCAGCUUGGCAUUGCCAUUGGGUUCCUGGUGCCACCUGUUCUUGUGCCCAAUGUAGAUGAUAUGGAUAAACUGGCUUAUCAUAUCAGCAUUAUGUUUUAUAUAACAGCAGGAGUGGCUACCUUCAUCUUCAUUCUAGUCGUUAUUGUGUUCCAGGAUAAGCCAGCUGUUCCUCCCUCCCAAGCCCAGGUGGCAAUGCAAAGCAUACCUUCACAAGACUACUCUUACCUGGCCUCGAUUCGGAGGCUUCUCUGCAACAAACCCUUUGUCCUACUCGUUAUAACCUAUGGAUUAAAUGUUGGGUGUUUUUAUGCUGUUUCCACUCUGCUGAACCGGAUGAUCCUUGACUACUACCCUGGGGAAGAGGUGAAUGCUGGACGAAUUGGUCUGACUCUUGUCAUUUCUGGUAUGGUGGGCUCUCUCAUCUGUGGCAUCUGGUUGGACAGAACAAAGACGUACAAACAGACCACACUUGCCGUAUAUCUCCUGUCAUUUGUGGGAAUGGUGAUUUACUGCUUCACGCUUAACUUGGGCCAUCUCUGGGUAGUCUUCAUUACAUCAGCAGCGCUAGGAUUCUUCAUGACUGGUUACCUGCCUCUAGGCUUUGAGUUUGCAGUGGAGCUCACGUACCCAGAGUCAGAAGGCACAUCUUCGGGACUUCUCAACUGCUCAGCACAGGUGUUUGGAAUCAUAUUCACCAUUUGUCAAGGCAAGAUCAUUGACUCCUACAGCGUGCUAGCUGGGAACAUCUUCCUCUGUGUUUUCCUAUUUUUAGGGACCCUCAUUACAGCUUUUAUAAAGGCAGAACUGCGGCGGCAAAAAGCGAACCUGCAAUCAGAGGCAGAAUCAGAAGCUAAACAGUCAAGACACAAAGAAGAUGGAAUAUCAUCAUUGAAACAGACCAAGAUGUAGAAAUGAAGUACUCCUGCAUACAGACCAGCACAUUUGUAAAAAGAGAGUGGCGUUACUUACAACAAAACAUGCGUAUGAUCUGCAAGGAAAGGUGCAUCAUUCUCUGAGGAGGUUUAUCAGAUAAAUUGAGGAUGUUCAUUUACAUAUUUGAACAUAUUUGAGUGAGAGAAUAGAACAAGAUAUAUUUGGUACAGAAGUCAUAUCCAGAAAAUGAGCUGGAAAAGCACCAACACUCUGAGGUUUAGGACAGUAAUGACCUGUGAACUGUUGAUAAUAGUUGGUGGGAAUUUACUUUCGAUUUAUUUUUACUACUACAUGUCACGUGCUUUAGGUUUGUUAACCAACAACAGAUGCUUAGAAUAUGACCAAUAUUAGGAUUGUGUCUUCCUUUUUUCUACCACUUGAGAACAUGGACUGUCUUUAGGUUGUUAUAUUAUAUUGGAUUUCAUGUAUACAGUGUAUAGAAUGUUCUAGCAUGUUGGAUCGUUGAGGAGCUGCAUCCAAUGGUGAUGUGAAGGCUUACUUGAUUGGCUAUUGGCUAUGCGUCAAUUCAAAAAGACAAUUCAGUUUAAACUGUAUGUUGAGAAUUACUUUUCUAGUUUUGAUGCUUUGUAUAUUUGUAAAAUACCAAAUACUUUGACUUGAACUGAAUAUGAAUUGAUGAAAUACUGAAGUGCUUUAAUGGCUGAAGCAUAACACCAGACUUUAGGAAAAGCUAGAAGGAUUAUAAUUAUUUAGCUCACCAUUCUGCUCAUGAACAUUUGACUCAGUUUUGAUACAAAUGAUUAGCAGAUUGGUCUUACAAAUUGGAUUACAUGGUGCCAUAUCCAAUGUACAUGUGGCAACAGUGAAAAACUGUGUCAGUGAACAGAACAAAACCUUCACCUUGUGUUCAAACAACUUCUCACUGAACUCCAGUUUGUUCAGCUGGGGUGAAUUUACUUUCUGAUACCUGUGGAAAUUUAUGAGUAGAUAUAAGAAAUAUUUGUCCUUGCACUAAUACCUGUGUAAAAAACAAAUAUCAAAACCGCAUUGUAAGACCUUACCGCGUGAGUACCAAAAGGAUAAAUUUUGUGUUAAACACAUUAUAUAUUAAAGCUGUACUAGAAGACCUUA